AUGCCCGAUGUGUCAUGUAGCCUUGAGAAUGUCUUGCAUAUUCUGAUUCAGUGCCCUUUUGCCCGCAGCUGCUGGUUAAGCUCGCCGUUGGGUUGGCCUGCGCCUUCUGCAUCUUCCUUAAAUGAGUGGUUUUCUUUAGCCUUCUCUUCUGCUUCUGUGGAAAAUGCCUCCCUUAUGCUAAUGAUCUUAUGGGCUUUGUUGCAAAAUAGGAACAAUGUUGUAUGGAAGGGCCAGGGUCAGACUGCGAGUGGUGUGUUCUUCAUGGCUCUGAAUUUUUUGCAACAAUGGAAAGCAGCCCGGGUCGUGUCCUCAGUAAGCACCAUUGUCGACCCGGCUCGCCCGAUCUGGUCUCCUCCGCCGCACGGUUGGAUCAAGGCGAACAUUGACUCCUCUUUAAGCUUGCAACGAGGUUCGGUAGGUUUCGGUUGUGUAAUCCGGAAGGAUGAUGGGAGUUUUGUGGCUGCUAGAGCAGGCUCUUUUUAUAGCCAGAUGAAUGCAAAGUGUGCUGAAGCUAUAGCAUUUCGGGAAGCAUUGAGCUGGAUUAAAGAGUGUGGAUGGGAUCGAGUUCUUUUCGAAUUGGAUACUCAGUUCAAGAUUGUUAACUGCUUUUAUCUAGUUAUGAGGAAGUAA